UUGUUGACAUCAUGUGAACUGCGUACCGUCAAAAUUAUUCGGCAAUCCUAAUUUAUUCGAAAACACCGUUUACAUCAUAAUUUGUCGCAAUGAAAAAAGUUAGACAAAAGAAGAGGAACACCUCUCGAACGAAUACAAAUGUUGUCGAUCUAUAGAACAUUCCUCCUAUUCUUAUCUUCAUUACACAUUUUCAAGUGUUUGGGUUUUUUUGCGACGUUUUUGUCGGAUAAACCUGGGUCAAUGGAAAAUAAACCUGUUGAUUGGGACAAAUGAGAGAAAUGAAUAGUACAUGCUAAAGAAACUACAUUUGGGAGGAGUCCCACAUAUUGGAGUUGUGUCUGACACCUGAAACUUUACUUGUGUUCUAGACUCAGCAAACCGCCACUCAAUGGGGAAAACAGAGGGGCUCGAGGAAACGGUCGAGGAAGAAGUCAAUGCGCUACAAUGAGUCUGGACAAAAUCUCAAAGUGAUAGAUAAAUAAGGGAAAGUAGGUUUUACAAUCCACAACGUGGUAGUUUACAUUUUUUUUUUUAGAAACGCAGUGGCCAUUGGAAACGUUGCUGUGCAGCGCAAUGGCUACCCAGUGCGACUCUCUGAGCGGAUACUUGCAACAGUCGGAUCAGGGCUCAAAUAGCGAGCGUAGUACUGACUCCCCGGUCCCCGGGUCCGAGGAUGACUUGAGCGGACCCCAUGCCUUACCAGACCCGGAGUGGACGGAGGAGAGAUUUCGAGUGGACCGCAAGAAACUGGAAAUCAUGUUAUUAGCGGCCGCUGGGGGACGAGUCAAUGGUGGCGAGGAUUUCUUUCAGAAGGUCAUGGAUGAAACCAAAACACAGAUAGCGUGGCCUUCCAAAUUGAAGAUCGGAGCCAAGUCCAAAAAAGAUCCGCACAUUAAGGUUUGUGGAAAGAGAGACAAUGUGAGGGAAGCCAAAGACCGAAUCAUGUCAGUCCUCGACACAAAGCAGACUAACAGGGUAACCCUUAAGAUGGACGUGUCCCACACAGAGCACUCCCACGUCAUCGGCAAGGGAGGCAACAACAUCAAGAAGGUGAUGGAGGACACGGGUUGCCACAUCCACUUCCCCGACUCCAACCGCAACAAUCAGGCGGAGAAGAGCAACCAGGUGUCCAUUGCAGGUCAGCCAGGAGGGGUAGAGGCAGCUCGAGCCAAAAUCAGGGAGCUGCUCCCUCUAGUUCUGUCAUUUGAGUUGCCGGCCAUCGUGCAGCCUGACCCAGGCUCCCCCACAGUGCAGCACAUCUCCCAGACCUACAACCUCACCGUAUCCUUCAAGCCCCCCACACGUCUCUACGGGACCACCGGAGUGGUCCGCGGCUCCCAGAACAACUCUAGUGCCGUCAAGAGGGGCACUGCCAUGCUGCUGGAGCACCUGGCGGGAAGCCUUGCCAGUGCCAUCUCAGUCAGUACCCACCUGGACAUCGCCCCUCAGCACCACCUCUUCAUGAUGGGCCGUAACGGCAGCAACAUUAAACACAUCACCCAGAGAACAGGAGCCCAGAUCCACUUCCCCGACCCUAACAGCCCCCAGAAGAAAUCUACUGUCUACAUCCAGGGCACCAUUGAGUCUGUCUGCCUGGCGCGCCAGUACCUCAUGGGCUGCCUGCCCCUGGUGCUGAUGUUUGACAUAAAAGAGGACAUCGAGGUGGAGCCCCAGUGUAUCACAGCUCUGAUGGAGCAGCUGGAUGUCUUCAUCAGCAUCAAGCCCAAACCAAAGCAGCCAAGCAAGUCUGUGAUAGUAAAGAGUGUGGAGCGGAAUGCAGUGAACAUGUACGAGGCCCGGAAGUUUCUGUUGGGUCUGGAGAGCAACGGGGUGUCAUCAGCCAUGUCCCCCUCCACCAACGGCCCCACCCUCAUCUGUCCUGUCGGCCUGGACAUCCUGGCCUCUGCUGGCCUGGGGCUGAGCAGCCUGGGCUUCCUAGGUGCAUCAGUGCCCCAUUCUCUCAGUAGCUCCCCGGCUCCAAACUCUGUUCUCAACAGUCUGAACUCUUCCAUUAGCCCUAUGCAGAACCCCAGCCCCAGCACCCCAUCUCCCUCCUCCUCACUGUGGCCCAGCUCUCUCACCAGCACCCAAGGCUUCUCGUCUCAGUUGAUGAUGCACCCUGUAGCCCAGGCCACUCUGAGCAGUAUCCUGCUCUCUGGGGUCCAGGGGUACACCCAGAACACCCCCUCCCCUCCCCCCGGGCUUUCCCCAAUCGACAAGCAGACCAACGGGGUCCCUGACUGCUCCAAAGGCCCCUGUACCAUCAAUGGACAUGUCAAGCAUCCUGGCUCAGUCUAUGGCAGGAUGUCCAGUGUGUCACUGGCAGACACAGUUCUGAACCCCAACCAGUGUGACUCGGUCCAGGAGGCCAGCGGACACAACCCGUCAGAACCCCGCUCCAGCAAGUCCAACCAAGACCAAGGCUCUGACACCUUUGUGGAAGUGGGCAUGCCCAGAAGCCCAUCUCACUCAGCAAAUGGAAACGAGCUGAAGCAGAUGCUGGCUUCCUGUAAGACGUCAGGGAAACGGCAGGCGGUGGAGCUCCUCCAGGGGACCAAGAACUCCCAUCUCCAGUAUGUCUGUCCAGAGCUACACUCAGACUGCUUACUGUCAGACCCAGAGUCGAGUGCUUCAGACAGCCCAGUGACAGAUAAGAGGGCACCGGGCAGUGAGCGGGCAGCAGAGAGGGCAGCACAGCAGAACGAGAGGGACAGGAUCCGCUUGGCACCACAUUCUUCCUUUGCCAACAUGCAGGGCCAACUAGAGGCGCUUGAAUAUGAACAGAAAAAGCUGUUAGCAACCAAGGCCAUGUUGAAGAAGCCUGUUGUGACUGAGGUGCGGACCCCCACUAACACGUGGAGUGGCCUGGGUUUCUCCAAGUCUAUGCCAGCAGAGACCAUCAAGGAGCUGCGCAGGGCCAACCACGUGCCCUACAAACCCACCAUGAGUACCACCUACGAGGUAAACUCCGACUAUGAGGGCUCCCCCCUGUCUCUUUCCCGCUCCGGCAGCAGAGAGGGGGUGGGCAACGGCAGUGACUCUGACAACUGGAGAGACAGGAAUGGGGGUGGGAACUGUCUUCCCAGCCACGCCGAAUUCCCCGUGUCUGUUUGCAGUCCUAAGAGGAAGCAGAACAAAUCCGCUGCAGAGCACUAUCUGAGCAGCAGUAACUACAUGGACUGUAUCUCCUCGAUCACCGGGAGCAACGGGUGCAGUCUCCAGUCCUCUCUGAAAGGGUCGGACCUCCCGGAGCUGUUCAGCAAGCUGGGCCUGGGGAAAUACACAGACGUGUUCCAACAGCAGGAGAUCGAUCUCCAGACCUUCCUCACUCUUACAGACCAGGACCUGAAAGAGCUGGGCAUCACCACAUUUGGAGCACGCAGGAAAAUGCUGCUUGCCAUCUCUGGUGUGAAUGACUAUGAACUGAACAAGAACCGAAGGAAGCUGUUUGAGGCUCCUAUCAGAUCCUCCUUCCUGGAAGGGGGAGCCAGCGGUCGUCUGUCUCGUCAGUUCCACGCUGACAUGGCUAGUGUCAGUGGUCGGUGGUAGAGCUCCACUCCGCCAGGACUUAACACGACAGAGAACCAGCCUUCAGUGCCCCUCUUUGGGCUUCUGUAGGCCAGUCUCCAGCCUAGCUGGUUCUCAGUUUUCCACCCUCCAGCUUAUGCUGAACAACUCUUUUUUUUUAUUCUUUUUUUUUUAAGGCCAUAACAAGAAGCCAUAGUUUAACCAGAAGUGCCAAAAAAAGAGAAGAGCCAUCUGUGGUAUAGAAAGUCCAGUGUUCACUCCACAUAGUGGUUAGAUGUUUCUGUGGAGUAUCUAUGCAUGAAGGGUAUUUUACUAAUUAUGAAGGACAGGUACUGCCCAGUAGUUGUCAAUUUUUGUUAAAGGGAACAGGCCAAAUGAUUAGUACAAAAUAAUUACAUUGAUACUGCAUUCGUAGUAUGCUGUUUUAUCAAUGACAUGCACUUUAACAAUUUUGCCUGUGAAAGCCUGAUUCCUCAUAUUGGAAUACCUAUGCAUUUUGUAUUAACUCAAAGCACAGAUGUAUUUGUACCAAGCCAAAUGUAAGCACUUAGUGAGAUGGGGAAAUGAAGUCAAUAAAGUGACAUCAACAACAAAACGCAGAACCUAGUGGAUUGACCCCUCAGUGUUUUGAUUGAUUGACAUUCCACGAAGGUCAGUGUUGUAUCCACCAGCAGCUGCUGUAGUUGGGCUGCAGUCUGUAUGUCAUAUGUAUUUAGAAAAGUAUUAUUUUGUAUUCACAUUAUUUUUUAUCUUUCUGAGGUAAUAAUCAGUUUCAUGUAUUUUUUUAUGUUUUCAUUACUUUAUACAUUCACAAAUGAGUUCCUGUGGUUUCUAAUUAGUUCAUUAUUAGUCUCUUUGAUAAUUACCUUUACCCCAUAAUCUUUGGUGCCGUCAGGCUGUGUCAUGAGACUGCAGCAGAGAAAGAGAGCAGUCUGUCAAAACAGCAGGCCCCUCUCUCUGAUUCUGUUUGUUGGCCUCCUGUGGUUUUCUUAGUCAUUGUCAUUAUGUCUCAUGUAGUCAUGUCAAUGGUUUUUGUCAGUUAGUCUUUCUGUGGUCUAUAUUCUGUGUUGAAACCUACUAUGUGUUCCUCUAUCUAUUCAGGAGACAUGUCAUUAUUCCCAGACUGUGUGCUUUUAUCUUUCCUUACACUUUAUCUGCUUUUAGAGCUGCGGACAGAGAAGCAACCAACUACAGUGUCGAAUGCCUCCACACUACUACGGUGUUGAAUGCCUCCACACUACUACGGUGUUGAAUGCCUCCACACUACUACGGUGUUGAAUGCCUCCACACUACUACGGUGUUGAAUGCCUCCACACUACUACAGUGUCGAAUGCCUCCACACUACUACGGUGUUGAAUGCCUCCACACUACUACGGUGUUGAAUGGCUCCACACUACUACGGUGUUGAAUGCCUCCACACUACUACAGUGUCGAAUGCCUCCACACUACUACGGUGUCGAAUGCCUCCACACUACUACGGUGUCGAAUGCCUCCACACUACUACAGUGUCGAAUGCCUCCACACCACUACAGUGUCGAAUGCCUCCACACUACUACAGUGUCGAAUGCCUCCACACUACUACGGUGUCAAAAUGCCUCCACACUACUACGGUGUUGAAUGCCUCCACACUACUACGGUGUUGAAUGCCUCCACACUACUACGGUGUUGAAUGCCUCCACGCUACUACGGUGUCGAAUGCCUCCACGCUACUACGGUGUCGAAUGCCUCCACACUACUACGGUGUCGAAUGCCUCCACACUACUACAGUGUCGAAUGCCUCCACACUACUACAGUGUCGAAUGCCUCCACACUACUACAGUGUCGAAUGCCUCCACACUACUACAGUGUCGAAUGCCUCCACACUACUACAGUGUCGAAUGCCUCCACACUACUACAGUGUCGAAUGCCUCCACACUACUACAGUGUCGAAUGCCUCCACACCACUACAGUGUCGAAUGCCUCCACACUACUACAGUGUCGAAUGCCUCCACACUACUACAGUGUCGAAUGCCUCCACACUACUACAGUGUCGAAUGCCUCCACACUACUACAGUGUCGAAUGCCUCCACACUACUACAGUGUCGAAUGCCUCCUUUACUUCUCUCUCUAAGCUGCUCAGCAGGGAAUUGUUUCUAUUAGAAUAUAGCUAUUUGGACUGACACUACCUCUCACCUAGGAGGGAACUCACACCAUAGGUGUAAACUCAACUCUAUUUCAUAUGACAGCCCCUAGCCUAGACACAUUUCUACAUUACCAAGAUUGUGUCCUCAACAGGUAUUCUAGCUUAAAUUAAGAAUAGUGGAAGUAUACCAUUUUCAGGAUCAGUUGUGCAAUCAGAUAUCUGGGAUUCUUGUAAAGCUAUAUUUGAUGAAGUAACAGGAUUACGUGUGCAGUGGUGCUGCGUAUCAUCAAAGGACGAAGUCACUCUGAUCUCUGUAUUAUGUUCAUGUAGAACAGUAUUCUCAUACCCUUUUGUUAAACGCUGUCUGACUCUGGAAGGUUUUUGCUGCAACUGUUUUAGAUUGAACCCCCAUUAUUAAGCCUGGAAGUUGAUAGUCUUUGUGCAUUCUAUCAUAUAAGACUGUUAGUUUGAAGUACUCUUCAUUUGCAGAAUGUUUGUUGGUAGAUGGUACGGUAUUUGACGGACAAUGCAGUGAACUCUAUGUAGAGCCCAAAGUGAAAAACUAAAUCUCGAAGCUAAAUGACAGUAGGUACAGAAUGCUGAAGCAGAUGUAGAGAGAACAUUUCAAAGCAACUUACAUGCCAAAGAUUUGUUUCCACACAACAGCAACAUCACUGACAGCAGACGUCUUUAGCAUCAACCAUUCUGUAAUCACGCACAGAGAGAAGUCACUUGUUUCUCAUGUUGCAUGCUUUUUCUUAUGAAGAUCUGUUGUAUCCUGUGUUUACGCCAUACCACUUCUUCUAACUGAUUUGUGCCCAUGUCACUAUCGUAUCAAUAAGAUAUCCUGACUUGGUUGUAAUUUCUGACCAGUAGUGUGUCAUUUUCUUUGAAAUCUUGAAAAGACAGGAUAUUAAAAGGGAUUUGUUCCACCAAAAAUAUGGGUUGUGUUCAACCCUUUAUCAUGGUACUAUAUUGAAGCUGUUCAGCAUUGAUUAUGUCAGUGCCGUUAUGUUGAGCCAUGGUAGCUACCCUGCAAACCAGACAAUGUUUUUUUUUCUUCUUUUGCUUCUGUAAAGUUAAGCCUGCGGUCAUUUGUGUGCUUGGAGGGUAAUAGAGAUGUCUGUCAAGUGAAUGUUGUUAGUGAGAAUUAUUGCUUUUUUAAUGAGUCAUUUGCAAUCAAAGUUUACCACCAGCCUCCUGUCCCUACACUUAUUAUGUCUUAAAUGUUUGUGUUUAGUUCCUGUUAUUCCCAAAGGGAUACAUUUGAAGGGUCUACUUUAUACUGAGUUGGAUGAAAUGGUACAACAUUUAUAAUGAAUGUAAACCACUAAGGAAUUUAUGUAUGUUUUGCAUCUCUUUUGUAUCCUGUGCAGCCAUGCUUGUUAGCAAUUUAUCUCCAGUUUUGUGUGAGAGAAAGGUACUGUUCCAAAAAAGGUUCUAAAGGUACUGAGGUAUUGAGGUACUUUCCCUAAAGCUCUUGUUGAUACGAUUGUUGAGAAGGACAUUGUUUUAGAUAUGUUGUUAUAUCUGUAAAUAUAGUACAGAUGUGUUUUGGAGGAGUUAUCAAAUAAGCAAAAAAGUUUGUUCAAAACAUUGAAGUGUUAUUACAAAGGUAAUAAAUGUAUGCAGUAA